CAGCAUGCCUCGCCUACUUCAAGGUGGCCUUCAAGCGCGUGCAGGACGGGGUGCCCAUGCUCAUCCGCAACACGCUGCUGCGGCGCCUGGCGGACCGGAAGGCCUUCGAGGCGGCCAUCAUGCAGCAACUGGGGAUUAGCGGCGGCGGAGGCGCCGCUGGGGGCCUGCCGCACGAGAAUGCGGCCGAAGUUGCGCGUCUGCUGCUAGCUGAGGACGAGACGGUGGUGUCGCGCCGCACGCAACGAAGGGACAUGGUGCGGCGGCUCAAGGAGGCGCUGGCGGUGCUGCACAGCCCGGACGCACAGGUGUAGGCAGGCCCCGCGUGGGAGGGAAAACGCACCAUGUGUGAGGCAGGAUUGAUUGAGUGUCUGUUACAAUGGAGGGCCCCAUGCGCAUCACAGGGUUGCGGGCAGUGCUGCACAGCCUGGCUGCGCGGUGGCCUGUUGGGUAUCAUAACAUGCAUGGAUUUGACAAUGGAUGGUAAUGUGCAUUAUUUGGAAUAUUAAAAUUAUGACAAAACGUCUUUGUGUAGGUGGCCCAUGGGUCGGUCUCAUGGCAACUGUCUAUUUCGUUACGUGCGGUGAGGUUACCUAUGAUAAGCACACGGCUUUGCAACAAUUCGUCUUGCAUGUUAGGGCGGUUCCAUGUGGGUGGACAUGUUAAACUGCAGGGAAGCUAUGG